AUGACUCAUGUGGAAUUGACCCCAAGGCUACCAUGUCAAGUUACAGACAGCAUAAAGGUAACUCCUUUAGCAUUACUUCAAGUCAUGGCUUCAAUGGGGAUGAUCCCAGAAUCACAUUCAGAAGUGAUAGAAUCUGUGGGUUUGUUCCCACAGCCACCAGACAAAGUUGGGAAACCAAUGGAAACCACAAAAAAAGUGAGUGUAAGCACUAAACCAUCAUAUCAAGUCACUAAACCAGUGGAGGUAACACCAAGUGCUCAGCAUCAAGUUAUGGAAUCCAAGAUGACCUCCAGACCCCUGAAUCAAGUCACAGAUAAUGUGCAGGUAACUCCUGCAGCAUUGCUUCAAGUCAUGGAUUCUAUGGGGAUGAUUAAUGAAUCACAUCCACAUAUCGUAAAACCAGUGGGAAUAACCCCAGGAACACCAUCUCGAGCCAUGAAAUCAGGGGAAAUAACCACAUCGUUGGACCAUAAAGUCAUACCAUCAGGAAAGAUGCAUCCAAAGGCACAAUAUACAGUUGUGGAAACUGUGGAAAUGACUUUUGGGCCACAUCCUGAAGUUACUGAAUCAGUGAAUAUAACCUCAAAGCCACAAAGUCAAAUCACAGGACCAGUGAAGAUUCCUCCAGGGCCAGUAUGUCAAAAUACAAGAUCAUUGGAAAUGAUCUCCAGUCCAUUGCAUCAAGUUACUGAUUACACGAAAGUUACUCCAGUGGCACUAUUACAAGCUAUGGAUUUCGUGGGAAUAAUUCCACCAGCACCGCCACAUGUUAUAAAAUCUGGAGAUUCACAGUCUGAAAUUGCAACUUUGGCCCCAGGAGCAGUUCAACCAGUUAGUUUGACAUCUUCUAGCUCUCCUCCUACUAUUGGUUCACCUGGAGUUGUGGAAUCUGUGCAGAAUAUUUGGGGGUAA